CUUUACUAUUUCACAGAUUCGGAUUCUGAUACUGUCCUGGAAGAUGGUUACGACAUGGGCUUCAUUGCUGUGGCUAGGCACAAUCCAUGUCCUACUUCUCAGAAGUAAUACUGAGAAAGCAGAAAAAGUAGAGCCAAAUCCAAAUGCUGUCCAACAUGAUUGGGAAAACUGGAUGAAAACCGGCAUGGGGUGGCUAGGCAAACUGAAGCUAAAGCAGAUCUGUUUGCCAGGCGCCAACGAGGCCGGGAUGAGCGCGAAAACUGGAGGAACUGCCAAACAAAAGAACUGUAACACCCUUUGCCAGAGCAAGAACAUCCUCAAGCAGCUAAAGACAGGGAUCAGAUAUCUCGACUUGCGGCCUGUUGUAUCGGGAUCGGAUUACAAGGCCGGGCAUUACCAACAGGAUCCUGAGGGCCAAUGGAUCGGAGGAGACGGGCAGACCUUUGAAUCGAUCGUGAAGCAAAUCAAUGAUUUUACCAAAGACCAUAAUGAGUUAAUUAUCGCGAGCUUAUCUAAGUCACACAGCGUUUCGUCAAACAAGCCUUUCGAUCAAGGAGAAUGGGAUAAGCUUUUUGAUAUAGUUAGCAAGACGACGAAUCUUUACGAAGGCCCAGAAAAUACUUUGCUAAACGUCACUUUGGGAGACCUGACUAACAAAGGGAACAAAUCUGCCGUUUUAUACAUUGUGAGUGCAGCGAAUAUAACGUUAGGAAGUUAUGCUGGAAAAGGGUUAUUCACCAAUAAAAGUAUGCACCUUUACGACAAUGUCAUAAAUACGGACAAAAUGAAUUUCAUGUUCGUAGAUCAAGCGCUGAAAAUGUACAAGAAUGCAAAAGACUCGUUCUUCGUCUUCUCCUGGAUAGUGACACAGCAACCAAGGCAAGUUGCCGAAUGCCCGAAGCUAAGGAGUAUCAAAUCCCUCGCCAAGAAAACUAAUCCGCAUAUGAAAGAUAUUAUGCACGAAGUGACAUCCGAAAUUUAUCCCAACGUCAUAACUGCAAACUACGUCGAAAAUUCUCAGGUCCGUGAAAUAGCAAUGGCCAUCAACAGCCAUUGGCUUCUCGACAGGAAUGUUCCCAAAAAAGGCAAUUUAACAGAAAAAAGAAAGAACAAAAAAGGAGAAUAACGGCUUUAAAUAAUUAAAAAAAAUACCAUACUCAAUAUCAACAUGAAUGUUUAAUUUGAAACAGGAAAAAAU